UAUUAACCUGUCAGGGUUUGAUCAGAGUUAUUUCUGCUGCAGACACAUCCUCACCUGACUGGAGAGCUUUGAGAAAGAUCUCAAGACAAUAAUGGACAUGACUGCUACACCUUCCAAUGACACCAAUAUAUCAGGUGAAUGUGAAGUAAAUGGCUCUUCUGAUGACACCUAUGCUGAUCUGACAAGGUCUCUCAACAUCAUGUCUGUCGUUAUCUACUCCCUGGAUUUCAUUCUGGGAGUGCUCGGAAAUGGAGUGGUUAUCUGGGUAACUGGGUUCAAGAUGAAGAAAACAGUGAACACAGUGUGGAUCCUCAACCUUGCUGUUGCUGACUUCCUCUUCACAGCUUUCCUUCCUUUUAGUGUGAUAUACACAGCUUUGGAUUUCCACUGGCCUUUCGGCAAGUUCAUGUGCAAACUGGACAACACAGUAAGGUUUCUGAACAUGUUUGUCAGCGUCUACAUUCUGGUAGUGAUCAGUGUGGACAGAUGCGUGUCUGUGGUAUGGCCUGUCUGGGCCCAGAACCACCGAAGUGUAUGCAAGGCGUCCUGUGUGAGUCUGGGCGUUUGGGUACUGGGUCUGAUACUCAGCCUUCCAUCUUUCAUUUUCAGGGACAUUGGGCCAUCAUAUGAUGAUAAAAAUAUCAUAAACUGCUACGACAACUAUGCCUUUUCUGUUGGCUGUGAAACACAACCUGAGAUAGAGUUAGGACUGCUUCGUUUUAAGGCCAUGACCAUCAUCCGCUUCCUUCUGGGUUUUGUUGUCCCCUUCACUGUCAUCGUCUCCUGUUAUGCUGUGAUAAUCCAUCGUCUCAGGAGGAACCGCACCAUGACCAGCCGCUCAAGUCGCCCCUUUAAGAUCAUCGCUGCCGUUAUCACUGUUUUUUUUCUGUGCUGGGCUCCCUUUUACAUCAUGACUCUAAUUGAGUUAUGGUCUUACAUUGAUAAUAUGUCAAGUGUAUUAGAACUUGUUAUCACUAUUGGGGUCCCUUUAGCCACCAGCCUGGCCUAUCUUAACAGUUGCCUGAAUCCACUGCUGUAUGUCUUCAUGGUCAAAGAUUUCAAGGAUAAAGUUCGCAAAUCCAUCCUGAAUGUAUUUGAGACUGCUUUCCGGGAGGAGGUUUCCCACUCGCACACUGACACAAAGUCAGUGGACACCAGUCAGAGACUUGACGAGUCAGUUCUUAAUACUCAAGUAUAAGGUUGUGACAUGAAUAAACAAUUACUGAAACAAUAAUAUUGACAUAAGUGUAAAUGUAUAUACAGUGCUAGUCAAAAGUUUGGACAUACUUCCUCAUUCAACUGAAUAGGAAGGUGUAUCCAAACUUUUGACUGGUACUGUAUGAAAUUCCUUUUUUUAUUUCUUUUAUUGUCUUUAUAAAAGGACUUAGAUUCCCAAAUUGAAAAAUUGGAACCUGUUGAAGUUUGAUUAAUGUCAAUUUUAUGAUUAGCAAGCUGAUUAGGUCAAGCAAAGUGUACUAGAUCUUAACUCCACUUACAGUAUUAACAAUCUGGUUGAAGGGACUGAUGGUAAUAUUGUACAAUAAGGUAGCAGCUUCAUAGUUAACUUGGGUUAGGUGUCCAUUAUUCCUUAACCUCAAGACAAUAUAAAACCACAGAUAAAUGGAAUGGCCCAUUUAUUUUAUGUAUGGCUGUGGAUAUGAAUAUUGUGACAUGUACCAUGAACCAUGAAUGAUUGUUAUUGCAUUACUUGCUCAUCAUUAUUUUUACAUUGUCAAAAUAUUAUUUUUGACUUGGCUUGUGCCUGGAAUCUCUUUCUCUAGUAUUGUACACUGAUAUAUAUGGUGGAUACAGAUAUUAUAACCCACGCCACUCAUCUGAUGCAACACCUCAUGACGAUUUUUAAAGAAUAAACUUCAAGUGUUUGUUGUAGUUAUAGGGCCAAGGUUAAAGAGGAAAUCAUGGUUGUGGUUUAUCUUUCACCUUUAGAUCAGGGGCACUGUGCUCAAGCUUUCUUCCCUUUUUCACCUCAUGAUAAUUUACCAUAACUACCGAGCUGUCAAUCAUAAGACAUACUUUUUGUUGUUGAUUGUUCUUUUUCAUUUUAUGUUAGACUUUCUUCAUAAUAUUAAUUGACCAGCAGAGGGAACUGUUUUACAUUGCAGGUGCCUCUUAGAUCAUGGACAUAGAUGUAGAUCAAGCACAGCAAGCAUCAGACUUCUGAAGUGUUUUCCAGUCAUCAUCACUCAUUUGUGAUUAUGUAUAAAUAUGUUGGGUAGUUCUUUUAUCUCAAAGUCGGUUAUUAUCAGUAGCUUUUAUAUCAUGUGCUAUCACUCUGAUAAGCUCAGUUGGAUAACAUUCAUGAUGAAUUUGUUCAUUUUAUUUGUAAAAUAAUUUAGACAUCAAAGUAAAUUUAUAAUAAAUUUUUUCAAAAUGAAAAACAAGAUCCUUUAACAAUAUAAUUUUAAUGGUUUACACAAAGUAUAUUUGUAAUCCUCUGUAACUGCAUAUCAGCUUUAUGUUGUGUUUGAAUUAAAGAGAGAAGUCAACUAGAACUGUGAGUGGAUUGUGGAAACAUUUUUGCUUAGGCAACACUGUGGAAGUGGAUUCAAUUAGAUAGAUAGAUAGAUAGAUAGAUAGAUAGAUAGAUAGAUAG